UCAGUUCUCUCGACUCAAAGCAACACACGCGCACACACACACACACACACGGACACACACACACGGACACACACUCUAGGAGGGGGAGUUCCUCGUCGACGUCCUGUUCUCCUUCAGAAGGUAAACUGCCGCUGGAUGACACGCAGCUCCAGUGACUCUCACAUCUGGACCUGCAGCUCCUCUUCAGACUCCUGCUCCUGCUCCACACAGCUCCUCCUCCUCCUCGUCGUCGUCGCCUGUACGCACCCAGUACGCACCAGUAGCACCAGUGACACCAGUGACACCAGUCCAGAGACCCAGCCUGAAACCACCGUCUCGCGGAGAUGCCUGAGGACGUCGGGACAGCGAAGCCUGGGGGCGUGAUUGCCUACAUUUCCUCUGGCUCCUCCUCCAGCCCGGAGUCCUUUUUGAGCACCAGCCCGAGCCGCGGCUACAUGUCGACAUCGCCGACUCUGUCCCGCCCCUCGCUGCCCAGCAGGGCCGUGGGCAUGGUCGUGGAUAUCGCUCCGCCGGCCAAGGGCGGCCAACUGCGCGGCCACGGCACGGAGAAGGCCGGGCGCUCCUCCACGGCGGCCAAGAGCAGCAUCACCAAAAUCAACGGCAUGGUGCUGUUGUGCAAAGUGUGCGGCGAUGUGGCCUCGGGCUUCCACUACGGCGUGCACGCUUGUGAGGGUUGCAAGGGCUUCUUCAGGAGAAGCAUCCAGCAGAACAUCCAGUACAAGAAGUGUCUCAAGAUGGAGAACUGCACCAUCAUGAGGAUCAACAGGAACCGCUGCCAGCAGUGUCGCUUCAAGAAGUGUCUGUCGGUCGGCAUGUCCAGAGAUGCUGUGCGAUUUGGCCGCAUCCCAAAGAGGGAGAAGCAGAGGAUGCUGCUGGAGAUGCAGAACGCCAUGAACAACAUGAUGAGCAACAACAGCCAGCUGCACAGCAUGCUGCACGGCCACCAGAGCCCCCCGCUGCCCAUGGAGGCCAUGACCAACGACGCCGGCUCCUCGGUCUCCUCUUCCUCCUCUUCCUCAUCUUCUACUUCCGACUCCCCGUCGUGCUCCAACCCCUCGUCGCCGCAGUGCCCGCAGGACUCGGAGUCUGUGGUGUCCAUGGACACCAACUCCAGCUCCGCCUCCUCCUGCGCAUCGGACAGUGGCGAGGACGAGUCGGCGGUCACGACGAGCAGGCAGCACCAACACGCCUUAGAGUUCAGCCAGCAGAGGUCGCAGAGACAAGGUCAGGUGUCGGCGUCAUCGGUCACCGUUGCCCUGGAGACCAGGUGCGAGGGCCGCGUGGAGGAGCAGCAGGAGAACUGGAACACGUGGAACAACAACACAGCGGUGGGAGGUUUCCAGCACAGCUCUUACAGUAACAGCCAACACGUCACCAACGCUGCUUUCAGAGACGAGAGGGGAGUUUACCAGCAGCUGCCUCAGCAGCAGCAGCUCAACAGCGCCCCUAGCUGCGAACGCUCAGAAGACAGGCAGAGUCGGCUUGAAUUUCACACACAAAACACCUCAAGUGGAUACAAAGGACCAACCAGCUGUGUGAAUAACAGAACACAACUGGUCUGUCCCAUGAACACCUCCCCCUACGUGGACCCCCACAAGCCGAGCCAGGAGGUCUGGGAGGAGUUCUCCUUGAGCUUCACCCCGGCCGUGCGGGAGGUGGUCGACUUCGCCAAGAAGAUCCCAGACUUCCGUGACCUUCCCGAGCGCGACCAAGUCAGCCUGCUGAAGGCGGGAACCUUCGAGGUGCUGAUGGUGCGAUUCGCCUCUCUGUUCAACGUGGUCGAGCGGACCGUAACCUUCCUGAGCGGCAAGCGCUACAGCCUCGACACGCUGCGCUCGCUGGGCGCCGGCGAGCUCCUCAACUCCAUGUGCGAGUUCAGCGAGAAGCUGGCGGCGCUGCGGCUCGACGCCGAUGAAAUGAGUCUCUUCACCGCCGUGGUGCUCGUCUCAGCCGAUCGCUCAGGGAUCCAGGACCUGAACGCGCUGGAGGCUCUGCAGGACAAACUGAUCCGGGCUCUUCGCAACCUGGUGAUCCAGAACCACGGCGAGGAGGCGUCCACCACCUUCACCAAACUGCUGCUCAAGCUUCCCGAGCUGCGUUCACUCAACAACAUGCACUCAGAGGAACUGCUCUCCUUCAAGGUGCACCCUUGAAAUCUUCCGGAGGGGACGAGCACCGUGUCCUCCACCUCCUCCACACACCUCCACCUCCACCAGGACCUGCCUCUCUCCGCGACCCCCCACCCGCCGCCCUCUGUACUCGACCAACCCAGUUUGUUUCUAGAAUGUAUUGAAAAUUAUUUUAUAUUCUAUUUUUGUUAAGUCGACCACAUAGGGUCUGAAGAGAGAAGAGUUUAAAAAAAAACGUACUGUAUUUAUAGGCGAUAGCUCACGCUUGUUGCACACGCAAGUGCACGUGUGUCGGAGGUGCUUGGCUGUCGGAGGCACUUUUCUACUUUCAAGUGACAGAAGACAACUUCACUGGCUUUAACAAAAGAUAGAAUAGAAGCUGAUUAGUCCAUAUGAUCGUUUGUUAGAGUUUAUGUUUCCUCCAAAAGCCAUUUAAUUCCAAAGUGUAUUCUCUGAUGAGCUGGUGAAUGUGAGAAACCGUACCCGUGCACCGCAUGUUUGUUUGGUCCAGUAUAUUUUGACUGCUGCGUGUCGGCAGGAAAGGCAAGCUACCGGACGAUGUAUCGAAGAAUGUGUGACGAUCGCUGCUAAUGCAUGGCUGUACUUAAUGCAAGCAAUUUACGACCCACCUGGAUCCCCCCCCACCCCCGGCCUCAGAAAGCAUCAGUUCUUUGUUUCAGUGUUUGUAUAGUGUUGUCUGUUGUUUUCCUGGACACUGCCUGGUGAUAAUCUGGGGGAGUCGAUGAUUUGCACAAGCUCCGGCGCCGAAAAAACCCAAGUAACACAAACCACCAGAUAGUGUGACGCAGCAUCGUGUCGAGUUCUGUGGACAUUUAAUCACACCCAAGUGUUUUUGCAGUUUUUUUCCCAAUGUCUGGUUUUUAUGACACUUUUUUAUUUUGGGAUCAGACUUUGUGUGCUUUCAGCAUAGCACUGAAUUUGACACUUGUUUUUUUUUUUUUGUUGUCAUCCAUUUUGUUGAAAUAUCUGUUUCUUCUACUGGCAACACUGCCACAUGUAAAUAUCUAUAUAAAUAUAUAUAUAAAUAUCUGAUGAACAUAGAAUAUAAAAAUGAUAUAGUAUGAAUAAAUUCAAGUGAGGAGUA